ACUACUAUUAAGAGCGUUAGUUUUGUACCAGUAUAAAAGGCCAGAAUGAAUUAGAUUAUAGAAAGCGGCUCCGUACUAAGAUAUUUUUAAAGACUGGACACGAUUCAAUAUGAAGAACCAGCUUGUGUUUGUAUUUAUACUGUUCCUCCUCAAGCACAAAGUCACUUACGCUACGAUGUGGCCGACUCAAGGACAUUCAGAGCUUAACGUGUACAUGCGAGGAUUCACUCUUGAAUCGUCCAAGGUAGAAACAAUCUUUGAAUGUUACAGAAAGUGUGAGGAAAACAUACAGUGUGCAAGCAUCAACAUGAACCUGACGAACAAGACAUGUGAACUGAAGUACUCUACCAAGACCAGACACCCAGAGAAGAUUGUUAGCCAACAAAACACCAUCUACAUGGAGAUACGGGAUGCUCUCGGGUUUUCUCCUCAUAACCCAAUAUUAUCCUGUAAAUGGUUCAAGAACAUUGAAAACCAGUUAAAGUCAGGUGUUUACUGGAUGAAGUUCAAUGAGACAUACUCUGCGCCAUUCCAAGUUUUCUGUGACAUGACCACCGAUGGAGGAGGCUGGACCCUUGUCUACAGCUAUACAUUUACUCAGUACAGUGCGUUUAAUUCAACUGCAAACGCAGUCACUCCAAUACCAAACUGGCCUGUGGACACGUCUACUGGGACAUCGGUGCCACAGUCAACGACAACUCCACUCGGCGAGUCUUCUUACUCGGCCAUGGAUUUUUCUCUGUGGAAAAAGAUUGGUAACGAGAUCCUUCUGAAGCCUAAUAUCACUAACUGGACAGCCUGUGUAGAAGGAACGGGAAGUCUUGUGAACUGGAUGGAAGGAAGUGUGACCUGUAGAGUUGUCAAGGCCAUUACACCAACCUGUGCCACUGUGGUCCCAACCUGUGCCACUGUGGUCCCAACCUUGUUUAAAUUCCAUAUUUGUGGACCAUUUUUUGAUCUCGAUUCAAACUUUUAUGUUUUUUUAGAAGGAAAAACCGACAGUUGCUUUCCUGCCCAUGAUCCUUGUGCUACGGCACCUUGGCUUAAUCACCUGACUAAUGUAACCAAUCCUGGUGGAGCGAUUUACAUUCGCUGAGAGAGGAGAACAUCAUAUUGAUACCUUGCGCAUGGGGUGCGUUCAAGCGCAGGAUGUAUGCAGGUUUACGUAUCACUCGGGACUGGUUGAGACAAUAGUAAAAUAUUAACAUACGAUGAAUGAAAUAUUAAUAUUCGAAUGACUUGAAAUGCACCUGGAAGCCUCAUACUGAUUAGUCUAUUCACAAAAAAUAUGGAAGAAAAUUUAGCUUAGUAUUACUAUCAACUGUCACGAUCCAUUAGUACUUUGCCGUGACCAUGACGGUACCGUGAUCGAGCAUUUUCAUUGGCUGAACAAUGAUUUUGCGCGCUGUGAUUGGUUGAAAUGAUGUAAUGAAAUCAGUACUAUGACACUUCACAGUCCUACGAAAUCCAGUUUAAAUCACACCACUGCAAUUUUAAGGACUGGACGAAAACACGAAUUUAUUCCUAGUCACGAUACUCGAAACACAUUUACGAUAAUUUAGCGCCAUUGAGCUAAAAG